AAGUAAGUUAUCUGUGAAAAGUUUUUGGAGUGGUCAAUUUUAGAUAUGAAUCCUGAAUAUGUACCCGAUAAUUAAAUUGACUUUGCAAUUUGUGAAACUACAAUUAAAGAAAUAUUGACUUUGUGUUUAUUGUUGAUCUUGGCAAUACAAAAAUAUCUAAUCGUAAAAAAGGCUUUCAUAGUUAAAAUAGGUGUGUUCUAGGAUUGUAACAAUCAAGUAUGUAAUUCCUUUUGUUCAAGAAUUAAAAUGUUACCUCACUUAGAAGUUAGACAGAAGCGUUCUUAAUUCGAAUUCAAUAAAAGAGUGAAUUAUCGUAAAGUGUUAAUACAGUGUUACGUCAUGUAUUUACUAUUUAGUGUUGUUAAAGACUAUGUUAAAAAGUUUAUAUGAACAUUGGCAUGUGGUUCGUGCUUAGCUGUUUAUUAUUCUGCGAUCAGCUUGUUUAAUUUUAAUCUAACACAAUGGUGGUGAAAAACCGGGAGGUUGUCGAUGACAACCCCAAUCAGCUCGACCUGAACACGGUGGCGAACUACAUCCGGCUGAUGGACGAACAGCCAGACUACGUACCACCAGCCAUCGAGCUCAUCGAUAACUGUGUCAACAUCGUAACAUGCCUAAGCCAAACUGCGGGUACAGAAGAUCAACUGUGGGGUCUGCUGACGGCCGUCGAAAAUUACCUCGUGCGUCUCAUCACUUCCUUAGAAAACCCGUUGCGCAGUGAUCUCAUCGACUCCAUUUUGGAUAAAUUCUUCUCCAUAGUCUCCGAUCCAACUUCGGAUGCCCGUCCUGCUAUGUCAGUGAUCCUCAUUGUGCUCGAUGGAUCUGAGAUCGAGGCACCAUUCGGCAUCGCGCGCUGGUUGGAAGACGGCCCCACCCCCGCCAGCAUCGGCACCGCUCUCAACUGCCUCUACCGCUGGAUUACCGAGUGGAACGCCUCGCCGGCAUUAAGUGAUUGGGUCCUGGGAUACAUGAAGAAAUUGGAGGAGAACGAACAAUAUGAUGUUUUGAUCGAAAUAAGCAAGGAUAAUUUGUCUCGCCUAUUAUUGGCAGUCAAUAAUCCUACGGACCUCAGGCAGUCUAAUGCCGAAGUCAUUUUUCAUGUAAUGGCUUCGCUUCGCGAAACCGACGGCGUUCUCGAUAAGGUCACUCCAUAUCUGGGCGAGGUGCUGAAUGCCCUAGUAGCUGACAGCCGACAGUGGAGCUGGCAGCUAUUGCAGAAUGUCGUUGACAUAACUACAGCGAUGGUAGACCAUCUCAGAGCGCCCUUGUCGGGACAGGACCUUGUCAGGUUCAACAACAGAUACAGUGGUGUGAUUGCGUGCUUGGAGCAUCAUAUGGCCAGUAGGAGUAGCCAGUUCUUGAGAUUGCCGGCUUGGGGGGCGGCGGCAGCAGCGGCUAACGAUUUGACGGUCGGACGCAAGGUCGGCCUCUUAAACAGGGGCAAUACGUGCUACGUGAACAGCGUCAUGCAGGCAUUGCUGGCAACUAGAGGAUUUAGUAACUAUGUGGUUCUGCACAUGAAUGAUCGGGCGUACUGGGCUAAGCUGGCAGAGCUUUUCGCCAAAAUGAAGUACUCGGUGUCUACUAAAGUAGACCCGAGCGACUUUUAUGAGACAAUGAAUUCAAUGAAAUUCGACAUGCAUAUACAACAUGAUACCUCUGAGUUCCUGGGGUACUUCUUCGAUUUGCUGCUCUCGUACGAGCGUAGACUGGAUAUCGACCACGAUUAUUCCCAGCCGCCGAUCAUUAUGACCUUUAGACGGCGCCUGCCUCCGCCGCUCACAUUGUCCAACGCCAAUCACGAUGAUAAUUUUGUCCGACUGUUGCCCAUCGAGAUGUCGGCACCCGCGGAUGACGAGCCAGUGGCCGGGAGCAGCACUGGUAUUACCGCUUCUAGGAAGCGUACCCGCAAGGGAUAUAGUUACAGUCGCAAGCGUCAACGCACAAGUGAACCACCCCCAAUUAUCGAGACUCGGGAUUCUUUCGUUGAUCACAUCUUCGGCGGUGUGAUACUAUCCCGUACGAGAUGUCUGAUUUGCAGUCGUAUGUCGACUACACGCGAUGUCUUCCGUGAUCUCACGCUCGCGUUCCCGGAGGCUAAUAAAGAUCAUGUACACACUAUACAGAGCCUCGUCGACUAUUAUUGCUCUACUGAGCUUCUGACUGCAGAUAAUAGAUACAAAUGUCCCGCCUGUGGAUGCAAACGCGAUGUUGAACGUCGCGCCGUCAUCGAGUAUACUCCGCGGUAUCUCAUCAUAGUAUUGAAGAACUUCAAAUUCGACAUGAAGAAGCUUACUCAGAAUAAACUGAUGUCGAACACUGUGUACUGCCACUCGGUGUCUCUGCCCACUGUGCCCGCACAGACUCAAAACGUAUACACAAUGUAUGCUGCCAUCGUCCACGAGGGCUCCUCCAUGUCUUCAGGACAUUACUACACCCUCGCCAAAACUGAAGAUGGAUGGCAUCUCUUCAACGACGACACCGUCACCAAAUGCAAUGAAGACCAGAUACAAUUCCUGAGACCCUGCAACACCCCGUAUAUGCUGUUCUAUCGCCGUAAUGAUGUGCCGGAUAUCCCCUUCCCGUUGCUCAGCGAAAUUCCUGCCAACAUCAAGGACAAGGUGAAGGCCCAUAAUAAGCAGUACAUCGAAACUGUCCAGAAAAUCCAGAUGACUCGUCCAUGACGCACACGAUCCCAGAAACACAUCGAUUUCUCGGUGCUCGAUUACGUUAACGAUGAAUAAACACGUAUCGCCCGAUCGAAUGUCGAUAAUCGAUUUUUAAAUCGAUUUUUUAAUCAACUUUAUUGCUUAUCUACUUGGCGUUUCAUGUCGAUUGAUGGUUAAUGUAAUACGUAGUGAUGCUUUAUUGAAUGAAUUCUUAACCCUUUGUCACCCCUUAGCGAUGAUUUACAAAUGAUUAGGGUUACUCUGCCUGUCUUUUCCGUGCAAUCUAGAUAUUUUGACGGCAUUUUAGCGUCCAAAGGGCUAUAUAUUUAAUCAACUGUUUUAAAAUACAUGUAUUAUCUUUGUAUACUUCACUGCUAUCUAGAUUUUAACUUAUAAUGAUAAGUAAAAUGUAUUAUUAAUCUAUGUUUUGAUUAUAGUUUUUCUUUACAAAUUGUAAAUGAAAAUGAGAUAUUUUUAUUCGUAUAUUCCUUUCGUUUAGUUUCAAUGAUUUAUUAUAACCAUUUGUUUAUUUAAUUUCAUAUGUAUUUAGUAAUUAAUAUGACAAUUCGAUUUAAUAUUAUGAUUACGACAUUUUAUUAUUAGGAAUAUUAAUGGAUGUCUAUGAAUAAUCGAUUAUUGGAUAGUUUCUUUAUAUAUGCGGUCGUAAGAAUAAUCAUUAUUAUGCAAUUACCUAGAAACAGUAGAAUUAAUGUUUUCGAAUUCAUAAUAUCACAUAACUGGAUGUUUUUAAAGUAGUCAUUUUAAAAUUAUCAAUAUAAUAUUUCAAUUCUUAGAAUAAUUCAGUAGUAAUUUUAAAUAUCAUAUAAUCAAUAUCUACUUAUAACAUUGAAUUCUCUUAGAAGUUUGCGAAUCUUUGAGUCAUAAAAUCAGUACAGUUACAAUAUUUAAGAUUAACGAAGAAUCUUUUUUUUAACUAAAACGAACAGUACAUUUUUUAAACGGAUUUUUGUAAAUAAAAAUUGCUUACAAGUAGAAUUGUUAGUUUAGACAUGUAGCGUACUAUGAUAGAUAUAUUUGUAGUUUAUUUUUAAUCAAUCUAUGUUCACGGGUUUAUUUUUCUAUUGGACCUUCUUUUGUUUAUAUUAAAUUAAAGAAACCGCCAAGAGCGUAACAUUAAACCUCAUUUAGUAUUUGCAACUUUGUCACCUUAGUUUUUAAAGUAUGUGGACUUUUAUGUUUUCGUAAAAGGUUUGUUAUCUAUUUAAAUUGUAAUUUUUAUCUAUUAAUGACUAUACAAUGUAUGUAGAAAAAUGGUUAUGAGUAGAUUUUAUGAAAUAAAGUACUUCUUAAUGA